AUGGCGAGCUCGAUGAUGCAUUACUUCCGCUUCGGCAGCGGCUCUAAAGAAACACCCCCAGCCAAAGAUAAGCCCGUGCGUGCUCUGCCCGCGUCAUGGUACACCUCGCCUGAGAUGUAUGAGCUGGAGCGCAGGGCAAUUUUCUCCAGGAGAUGGCUAUUCAUCACCCACAGCUCACGAGUCAAGAACACGGGCGACUGGCUGCGUUUUGAGAUCGCCGGAUUCGACUUCAUCAUCACUCGAGACCGACAGGGAGGAAUCAACGCCUUCCACAACGUAUGCCGACACCGUGCAUACCCAGUCAUUGAGGCAGAGGGAUCAGGAAACGCCAAGAUCCUGGCAUGUCGUUAUCACGGUUGGUCGUACGGACUGAACGGCAAGAUGGCCAAAGCUCCCGGGUACCAAGACCUAGACGGGUUCGACAAGGAAAAGAACGGACUGUUUAGGAUCCAUGUCAACGUGGAUGUGAACGGGUUCAUCUGGGUUAACAUGGAUGCGAAGGAGACCCCGGAAGUGCCGUGGGAGGAACACUUCGCAGAUGUCGACAAACAGGAUCGGUACAAGGCGUACAACUUCGACGACUAUGACUUUGAUCAUAUCUAUGAUUUGGAUGGGCGUUAUAACUGGAAGAUCCUCGCGGACAACUUCAAUGAAUGUUACCACUGCCCAACGACGCACCCCGAUGUCCCCGAAUUCCUCAACCUCGAAUCUUUCGACAGCGAUCUCAAAGGCGGCCAUAUCCAACAUCACUGCGUCUCUACACCCGAGCAACUAGCCAGAGGCCUCUACACAGCCAGCACUUACUACUUCCCGGUAACCGCGAUGGUUGUCUCACCACAUUUCAUAAUGAUCCAAAAGUUCCUCCCCAAAGGCCCCAAAGAAUCAUCAAUGUCAUACGAAAUCUACCGUAACCGCAACUCCAGCGAAACAGACUUCCGUCUGAUAAGCGACAUGUACGAGCGCGUCAUGCGCGAAGACAAAGUCCUUUGCAUCAAUGCGCAGAGAAACCUCGAGCGCGGCGUCUUCGUCAACGGUCAACUACAUCCCAAGUUCGAGAAGGCGCCGCUGUUUUUCCAGGAGACGUGUCGGGAGGUCGUUACGGAACAUUAUGAGAAGGAGGUUGCGCAGGGGUGUGAGAUUGCGCCGGCGAAGCAGAAUAUGGAUAUGGAUGCGGAGGUUAGUCAGAGUGAUGAGAGUAUUUGCGCGGGUCUUGCUUGUGGUAGUCAGAGAACUGUGCUGGCUUGGUAG